UUCUUUUUUAAAGUUUUCUUUUUGGUAUAAUUCUCCCAACAUAUCUGAAAUUCAAAGGAGAGCCAAACAAAUCUUGCCUUAUCCAUCAAUGGCAACAACAGAAAACAAAAAUCUCAGUCCCAAUUCUUUGCAUGUGGUGAUGUUUCCAUGGUUAGCAUUCGGGCACAUGAUCCCAUUUCUCGAACUCUCCAAAUUCAUAGCUCAAAAGGGUCACAAAAUCACAUUUGUUUCCACUCCCAAAAACAUUGCGCGCUUGCCAAAACUCCCGCCAAAUCUCACUUCUUCCAUAAACUUUUUGAGCCUUUCCCUCCCUAAAGUUGAUGGCCUUCCGGGAGACGUCGAAGCCACUGUCGAUCUCGGUAGCCACGACGUCUCCCUUCUUAAGAAAGCCUUUGACGGCCUCAAACCGGAGUUGACGAGUUUCCUCGAAAACUCGCUUCCAGAAUGGAUCGUCUACGAUUUCUCCCAUUACUGGUUGCCUCCCGCCGCAGAUAAGUUGGGAAUCGGAAAGGUGUUCUUUUCGAUUCUCAGCGCUUCUUCGCUUGUGUUUUUCGGAGCGUUUGGCAAGCCCGACCCGAGAACGAAGCUGGAAGAUUUCACAGUACCGCCGCCGUGGGUUCCUUUUGAGACUAAAGUCGCUUUUAAGCUGCACGAGAGUAAAUGGAUGCUCAGCUGCCAUCAUGAGGACGGGUCGGGCGUAUCGGAUAUUCAACGGUCCGGGUCUUCGGCAUCGGGUUCGGAUCUAAUUCUGGUGAGGCAAUGUAACGAGUUAGAAGGAAAGUGGAUCAAGCUACUUGAAGAGAUAAACCACAAACCCGUGCUGCCGGUCGGGCUUCUGCCCCCGCGAAUGGAAGAAAACGCUGUCGACUAUGAGAAUCCGAGUUGGUUUCCGAUUAAAGAAUGGCUUGACGGUCAAGAAAGUGGAUCCGUUUUGUACGUUGCUUUUGGAAGCGAGGUAGCCAUGAGUCAACCAGAAUUGACGGAAUUGGCUCUCGGGUUAGAGUUAUCGGAAGUCCCAUUUUUCUGGGCUAUCAGAAAAUCGACGGAGACGAUCGAGCUGCCGGAGGGAUUUGAGGAAAGAGUUAAAGGGAGAGGAAUUGUUUGGAGAAGCUGGGCACCGCAGUUGAGUAUACUGAGACAUGAUUCUGUGGGUGGGUUUUUGAGCCAUUGUGGAUGGAGUUCAGUGAUCGAAGGAUUAAUGUUCGGUCAUCCGAUAAUCAUGCUUCCGUUCGUGAUUGAUACCGGAUUGGUGGCUAGAGUUCUCGGAGAAAAAAUGGUCGGAAUUGAGAUUCCGAGGGACGAGAUGGAUGGAUCGUACACCAGGGAGUCGGUGGCGGAGUCGGUGAAGUUGGUGAUGGUGAAAAAUGAAGGGAAAAUUUACCGGGAGAAAUCGAAGGAGAUAGGGGAAAUAUUCGGGAAUAGGGAAAUACAAGAUGGUUACAUUGAUGGGUUGGUGGAAUACUUGGAAAACAAUGGGAGUUGUCAAAUCUGAAUGAUAAUCGUUCGUCAUCGUGCAUGUGUGAUGAAUCACGUUGUCAAAUGUCAUUGUCUACGUACUAAAUAAAUAUCUCCGAUCUUUUCGGAAAGAAAUAAUCAUUCACUCGAGGAAAAAGAGGGAAUUGUACCGCCAUUUGUUUGUAAAAAGGAGUCUGUGUCAUUUUAUACAUGUUUUAGUUUUUUUUUGUUUUUGGUUCAGUUUGUAAAUAGCAUCUUGUUACAAAUGAUCUUGUUGCUCCUCUAAAAUAUACUCUCUUACAUAUAAAUAAAUUUCAAAAUUUAACUACAAUUUUAUUUUCUUUUUUUUUGUAAAAGAGUAAUAUAUUUCGACUGUACGUCUAUCAUAAUGUAAUUAAUUACUAGUGCAGUCAUCUAGUCAAUAAGAACUUGGAAGUUGGUA